CGGCCGUACGAUAUUGAUCGAGUGAGUGAUUUUUGCGCGAUAAAGUUUCACCAAUUAUACGGAACAAACAUGCCCGGGGGUGUCGUAUUUUUGGUCUGCAUUCCCACCCUGAGCUACGAGCACGAACUUGUGUUCGGUGUGCCGCUGAAACGUUCCAAGAAAAUGGAAAAGAUCAAAAAUAAAAUCGCAGCAUCGCCGAAGGUGGAUCUGCGUCUGAAAGAAGUGAAAACGCGCGCGCAAUUGCUUUCAAUCGACGACGAUCACGGCCACGUUGAUGAUGAGGACGACGACGACGAUGACGAGGACGUCGGCAUCGGUUCCAGAAAACGUAUUCGCGGAUACCCCGCGCGAUCGAAAACGCCAGUUUUCGUGUCGAUGGAAACGGUGCUGGAAGAACUCCUUAAAAAGCUGAAAGUAGAACACGUUGUAUGGUGCAAGGAUAAAGAGGAUAUGUAUUAUGAGGUGAUAUUUCCGGUUCCCGCUGGCGAACCCUGUGAAAAUUGCAUACAUUGCCUCACCGAAAUGGGUAUCGGCGUUAAAAUGAACUCGAUAGUAAGUGUAAUCCCGACGCAAUGUACAUAUAGUGGUAUGAGCGCUGCAGGAUUGUCGGCUGUCAAGGACGACGUUGCUCGCAGACGGAAGGAAUCGGAAGAUCGUAAGAAUGCUUGGGACGCUUUCGUAGAGUCUAUCAGAUCGAAAUUGACAGUGAAACAGGUUGUCGAUGGCGUUCGCAGCGGUGGUGAUCUUACCUUCGAUUAUGUGCUACUAGUAUUAACCGCGGACUGUCUUGCUGCACUCGGUCUUGUUGAGAAUAACGCGCCUAAUGUCGUUGCUGCCAUGCUAGUUUCUCCUCUCAUGGGACCUGUAAUGUCCCUGACUUUUGGGACUAUCAUAGCCGACAGAAACCUGCAGAUGGUCGGCCUAAAGAGCUUAAUGCUCGGUAUUUUUCUAUCAAUACUCUUCGGCUUCAUAUUCGGUCUUAUCCUCGGUACAACCGAAAUGCCUUGGGGCUAUAAUGAUUGGCCAACCGAAGAGAUGAAGGGUAGAGGUAAUUAUAGAUCGCUCUGGAUGGGUGUUCUUUGGGCUCUUCCAUCUGGCACAGGCGUCGCAGUCGCUCUACUGCAAGGUAGCAAUGGACCAUUAAUUGGUGUCGCCAUAUCGGCUUCAUUACUGCCACCAGUUGUUAACUGCGGUUUAUUUUGGGCUCUGGGAUGCAUAUGGCUCAUAUAUCGGCCUAUAAAAAUGCCCCACAUCAAAGGCGAAUCUUAUACGGAUUUUAAUAGUUCGUACACAUACAUCUACAGCGAUUACUUGCCCGUAGAAUUCUUUUGCAACGGCAUUAUCAGCGCAUGUCUGACAUUUAUCAAUGUAAUGUGCAUCUUUAUUACGGCGAUAAUAGUCUUGAAGAUUAAAGAAGUGGCCGCACCAUACACAUCUACACCGGAAUUGCGUCGGUUUUGGGAGCACGACAUCCGUUUGGUUCGCGAUAAGAAUAUCUCUAGAAAUAACAGUUCUUUGGAUUCAAGUUUCUACGAUGGAUUGAGCAAAACCAAACAACGAGCGCUAGAACGCACGUUGAACGAAGCGGUUAGAGAAGCGAUGAACGAUGAAACUUUCCGAAAGGUGCAAAGGCUCAGUUAUGGGCAACACGGACCGGAGGAGAUUGGAUCACGAUUUGGUCUUGGUCGUGGAACCGCAAAUAGAGGCAACGUAAAGAAAAGCGAUAGUGUCGAGGAGAUAGUAGGCAAAGAUCUGCACAAAGAUUUAACGAAUUCUGGCAAUACGAGUGAAGAUUUGGCCGCAUUGGACCGUUUGAUAACAUACCUUCUGAGCCCAAAUAAUCCCCCUAAUAGCAAUUUAGAUUCGUGGAGACGUUCUCAUCGAGCUAGUUCACGAGGAUAUAGACAAUUACGUGGCACUGCCGCCGAUAUCGAAACUGGUGGUAUUGGUACAACACCUCUUUGAGUAUAAGUAGAUAUCUAAAUAAAAACCUCAACAUUGCACAAAUAACAAUAUAACAAGUUUUUAAAUUUGAAAGUAAUAUAUGCUAAAAUAAAACCUGCGACAAGGAUGGAAUACAUACAAAUGUUUAUGUAACGCACUUUUUAUUAAAGAUAUAAUAGAUUAUUUU